AUGAUUAAGAAGCCAUUUCAUAGCGUAGUAAGAACAACAAGAUUACUUGAACUUGUUCAUUUCGACAUAUGUGAAUUGAAUAGAAUGUUAACUAGAGGCGGAGGAUUUGGAUCUUAUCUAUUGGGAAUGAACAAGAAAACAUUUGAGCAGUCUGGUGGCUUCAGUACUGUAGGUAAUUCUCCAAGCAGUGUCAAGGAACCCGGGCUUGGUUGGAUGACUGGCUUCCUCUUCUUAGUUUGUUUUAUCGGCCUUUUCGUGUUGAUUCCUCUUCGAAAGAUCUUGAUUAUCGACUACAAGUUGACCUUUCCAAGUGGGAUGGCAACUGCAGUUCUAAUCAAUGGAUUCCAUUCCAGAGGUGACAAAAUGGCCAAAAAGCAAGUACGAGGUUUCUUGAAGUGUCUAUCGUUCAGUUUUUUCUGGGGUUUUUUCCAGUGGUUUUACAGAGGAAAAGACGAUUGUGGGUUUUCACAGUUUCCUACAUUUGGACUUAAAGCUUGGAAGCAAACGUUUUAUUUCGAUUUUAGCACAACUUACAUUGGAACCGGAAUGAUUUGUUCCCACAUUGUAAAUUUGUCUUUGCUUCUUGGAGCUGUGCUUUCAUAUGGCAUGAUGUGGCCACUCAUGGAAAAUCUUAAAGGAGAAUGGUUUCCAGCAGAUCUGCCAGAAAGCAGCAUGAAGAGUCUUAAUGGUUACAAGUUAGAUAUUGAGAUUAAUGCAAUGAGUAGCAAAUUUAGCUCCGCUCAAAUAAAGGACUUCUUCUGCAGAGUGAAUCACUAG